CCGUAGUGCAAAGUUGAAAGUCCCAAAGACUCAAACGAGCCAAAAACACUUCUCCAGUCCACAUCCACGAAAUUACGAAAAUAAAUACUCAUAAUACUCCGUAUAUACCAUCUCUCUUUGACUUUCAGAAUCAAAGACCUCCAACAACCAUCAUGACGUCGGAGGAGCCAUCGCUAUCCGCCACGUCAUUGCUAGAUAAGCCUCUUCACCACCUAACCGAACAAGACUUUUCUCAAAUCACUCGCGAACAAUGCCGCCAGUACCUCAAACAAAAAGGUAUGAGACGGCCAUCGUGGAAUAAAUCUCAGGCGAUCCAACAAGUUAUUAUGCUCAAAGCGUUACUUGAACCGUCGCCGGAAUCCGACGCUUUUCACCGCAAAUGUCACAUCACUCACCGGCUACCGGAAACCGCAGCCACACGUCUAGGUUCAGAAAGGAAAAAGUAUUGAUACGGAAGCGGAAGUAUUUUGAUAUCAAUCAAUUGAAUCUCUUCGGUGAUAAUAAUCCGGUUCCGUUGCGGUAACUUCAUCAAGUUGUUUUGCGCCAUCGCCAAUGUUGUAAUAAACGGUGUAGUAAUGAAUAUCAAUGAAGAAUCUAUUUUGUUGUUACACUUCAAA